AUGGCUCACGAUCUCAAAUACCCCAAGCAUCUUCAAGUACGGAAUCUAAUCAAGACCUCCAUCGUGAUUGGAGAUUUCAAAGGGUUUUCGGGGAAUUUUUCCAAGGACAUCUUGUUGAGGUUGAAAAGAUGUCCGCUUGUUCAAGAGAUCACUGAGGAUUUGACAUUCAAGACUUUUGACUAUAAGAUUCAAGCCGAUGCACCAAGACACUUGGCCCGCAUUUCCAGAAGGAAAAGAAUGAAGCCAAAUAAGCAGUACCCUUAUAUUUACGAUAAAAAGUAUAUGGGGCAAGGGGUCAAUGCCUAUGUGAUUGACUCUGGAGUUGAAGUUAAACACCCUGAAUUCCAAGGACGCGCACUGGCGGGGCAGGAUUUCACCAACGAAGGCUCGGGUGACUCCAACGGGCACGGAACUCAUGUGGCUGGUUUGAUUGGAUCUCAGACGUAUGGCGUGGCCAAGAAUGUCAAUAUUGUUGAAGUCAAGGCCUUGAAUAGCAAGGGCGCCGGUUCAUUGAGUACGAUUUUAUCAGCUAUAGAUUUCACCGUGAAGCAUCGCCUUGACUCUGGUAAAAAGGGAGUUGCAAAUUUGUCAUUGGGAGCAUACAAGAAUCACGUUUUAAAUCGAGCUAUAGAACAAGCCACGAAAUCUGGGUUGCUUUUUGUUGUUGCUGCUGGGAACUCAAACAUUAAUGCUUGCUUGACGAGUCCCGCUAGUUCGAAAUAUGCCAUCACUGUGGGUGCAAUUGACGAUCAUAAUGAUUCGGUUGCCACGUUUUCGAAUUGGGGCGAAUGCGUUGAUUUGUUUGCUAGUGGUGCAUAUGUUCGAAGUGUUGAUGCCAAGAACCACGACAAGUCUCAAGUGUUAUCGGGAACCUCGAUGGCUUCGCCGAUUGUUACUGGUUUAGUGGCAAAUUUGUUGAGCGAAGGUGUUGAUCCGCAAACGAUCAAGGCCACGUUGUUGCGCAUGACUGCCAAGAAUCGGAUUUCGAAAUCGUCGUUGUUUUUGAGGAAACAUACCCCAAAUAGAAUUCUUUACAAUGGGAUAAAGGAGAAGAUUUUACUCUGGGAAAGUCAAGCUGCCGAGGAGGAGGAAUUUGAUGAAGAAUACGCAUCACACUCUGAAUGA